UGUCGACCAGAGGGGAACGGAACGAUAUUGCAUCGCUAAAUAUAAUACGGCGGGACACGCGAUUCUACUACUUGCUACGGACGGCGGGUCAAACGCGGAGCGACUGCGACAGCGACGACGACGACGACGACGACGGUGAUCGACGCUUGAAACGUGCGUGCACUCGUCGUUCUGUUCUCGACGAAGGUGACCGCGUGAACGCGCCUUUCCUCUCGCCAGCCAGUCGUGCAAAACGGGGUAGUGAACAUCGUUCUACCGGGCGACCCAGCAGAGGGUGGUCGGCUUUUCCCACGCGUCUACGAAUCGAUUUCCCGAAAGCGUACGCUCCUGGGGGAUUGCGAUAUUUUCGACGCAGGCCUUUUGCACCGGGACUCGCUCGAACGUCGUCGUCGUCGCGACCCGCUGAAUCGUAGAGAUGAGUAUCCAGAAGCCCGAAGGUCUUUUGUCGGUGGUUAUACCGACUGAACUCCCGUCUUCGCCGAAUUCCCGGCAGCUGUUUAUAAAUCAAGAUCAACAGGAUGAAGAAGCGUCCGAUUGUCCCUUGUUAACACCAAGCCCGCCGCCAACCCAAACAGAUAAGGCUCUGCAGACGACGCCAAUAUUCAACGCGCUGGAAGGAACUCCAUUAGAGAUGAUACCUACGCCAACGCUAGAGAAUAUUAAUACGGAAGACGGAUUCAACGCGUUCAUGAAUAUCGUGAAUAGUUCGAGCAAACCUAUGCACGACGAACCGAGCUCACGUGAUCCGAUGGUGGAGUCCACCAGCAGCGGUAGCAGCAGCGACACAAAUGAACCCGUUUGCGCGCAGUUGCUGACGCAAUUAAAUACUGCUUACCAGCAUCUUGCGCCAGACGCUCAAGCAUUAUUUUACAACCAGGAGAACGGUGGCAAGCCACCGCUCGUUGGGAUUCAGCUGAUGGUGCCGAAGCCGCCCAAGGAUUACCGCUUCAUGAAGUGGAAUUGGCCGUUGAUACGCAAGACGUGCUUCUGGUCGUUGAUGUCGGUCUUAGCAGGCUGCACCGCUCUCGUCAUCGGCGUCAUCGCCACGAUGCCCAAGAAGUGCGACCCGCCGGUGGAUUGGUGGCAAGGGAGUACCUUCUAUGAGAUAUUCCCGGCGUCCUUUCAGGAUUCGACGAAGGGUGGCGACGGGAUCGGCGAUCUUCGCGGGAUAACUAUGCGUCUGGACUAUCUGAAAGGGCUCGGGAUACGGGCUAUUCGAUUGAAUUCGAUAUUCCCAGCGCCGCAUUACCCGGAGUAUUACUCGAACAUCAGCAACAUGACGGAAGUGAACAAAGAGCUGGGCACGCUCGAGGAUUUCUCCGUACUCGCGCGCGAGAUCCAUAAACGGAAUAUGAGCCUGAUUCUCGAUCUCCCGCUGUAUCCGUUCGUGAAGAGUUUGAGUGACUCAGAGGAAGACGCAUCUAUCGUGAAGGAGAACAAAACCGAGAAACAGGCGUUCCGGAAGAGGAGGGACGUCACGGUCGGCACUAUGAUCCGCGAAACCAUACUGUCGACGCCGUCCACGUCGAUCGAAGCUGUCCGUGACGUCCUGUCGUCCGUACCGCCGCCGCUGGAAGAAGCUAGGAAACAGGCACUCUCGUCCAAUCGCUUACAUGAUCAACGAGGACAUCCCGUGAGCGAGGCUAUAAGGAUCUGGCAAGAGAGAGGAGUGGACGGCUUUUAUCUGAAGGGACUGGAGCACUACGUCCACGAAGACGCAUUCGCUAGCAGCCUUAGGUACUGGAAAUCCCUUCUACGUCCGAACGGUAUCUUCAUCUGCCACUCGAACGUCUUGAAUGCUGCGACCUCCGUUGUCUCGAUGAACUCUAUCCUAUCUCGAAUAGAUCUGGUCGACGUGACUCUUCGCGUGGUCAACGGCACCAAAGACAUCAAGGAGCAGAUCGAAGCCAUCACGAACGGCGUAUUGUUCAACAAAGCCGCUUAUCCGUGGAUACUCUGGUCCGUGAACGGCGUGGAUACUAGUAGAGUGGCCUCUACUAUGAGCGUGAAGAAUGCCAGCCUGGCGGCUUCUCUUCUCGGCAUGAUGUUGCCUGGAACAACCAGUAUAUUUUACGGAGACGAGAUAGGCAUCGAAGACUGCGAGUGUCGGGAUCACAAAGAUUUGGCGCACGUGCACAAUCUAGUUCCUAUGUAUUGGGAGAAAAAGGACGGCUCCGACAGCAAAUUUUCAUCCGCAGGAGUUACCACAUGGCUGCCGGAAGCUGGAAAACCCGCGGAGACCAGUCUGACAGGCACAAUCCCAAAAAUGACAAGACUGAGGUCGGAAACGACAACGAUUUACGUCAAAGCGGUGUUAAGAGAGAAAGAAGUUUUGGCAAAUUGUAAUGUCAGAUACGCAGAGGAUGAAAUGCUUGUGGUUGAGCGAUGGUACCCACGAAGAAAUUCUUAUGUGUUUGUGGCCAAUUUUGGCAACGAGACACGCACGAAGGACUUGUCGUCCCUGUACUACGAUGGCCAGGUUGUUGUUGGGCCGGGCUACAGGUUAAAUCGAAAUGUGUACUUUAAGAAACUUAUUGUCUCUCCCGGAGAAGCGUUUGUUAUAAAAUUGGAUAAAUGAGAGAGCCUCGAUCAGGUAACAUUACUUCAUACCACAGUCAACUUUUAGUUUUACCCUUGUCGCACACGAAACAAUCGUCAAUGUCAUUCAAACAUCAUUAAAAAUGUGGCCGUCUUACAACGAAAAAUUUCUACAAAACAUGUAAAAGAUUUCUAUUUCAACGAAAAAUAUGGUUUCGGCGGAGAGGAGUCGUAUAGCAAAUAGCAAAAAUAAGAAGACACGUUGAAUCUACAUAAAAAAUACAUAAAAAAUUGAGAAGUAAUGAGGGAGAUAGCGUCCAAUCAAAUUUCCACAGCCAUGAUUAAAACAGAUAACACGUGCCUCUCGCAACAUUACAAAUUGAUCAACGAAUUUGAAUAUUAAUCAAAUUACUCACACAUAACACACGUCAAAAUAUUAUAUCCCUACAACGAAUUUUUACGCAUCCUAAACUUCUUUCAUCUUGUUUAUGCCUGAGAAAAGGCAUUCGAUGCGAUUGUAUUCAGAUUGUGACAUUGUGAUCAUAGUUUGCAACUACUAUUGUAUUUAUUCUGACGAUAGAGAAUACUGGCAAAAAGACAUAAGGGGCCUCUCUUGUUUGCAUAUCUUACAGUCCUUUCGAUAAAAAAUCAAAAAUCACUGUACAUUAUAAUGCAUUGUUAUUAUAAAGUCGUUCACUGUUGUGACGAUAGACAUGACAUAAAAUCCAUUUGUAAUCUACUGCGACGCCAUCAAAACUUUUUAUUUAUACGCUAUAUACCGAUUAUAUUGGCUAUACAAUCUCAAUUAAUAUGUUUAUAGUUUGUAUAAGAAAAUUACGUAAUCGUACAAUUAUACACGUUUUAAAAGAAGAUCUGCUUUUGGAUAUUUAUAUUUAGGACUCAGGAUAUAUUGUACAUUAUUAAUUGACUGUGUGAAUACAAAGAAUCUGUAUUAACGAGAUUAUUUUUAUGUAUUUACACAGACAAGUGAAAAACAUUAGCGCAUUGCUAUAUCUCUUUUGUAAUAAACUCUUAAUUGAUAUGAA